GUAAGCACUGAUCGACAUAUGUGAUAUGUAGCAUCAUCAUAAGUGGUACUUUUUUUUUAUUGGGCGCACACACACACACAAGCUGUAAGUUCGUGUUUGUAUGAUAAAGGUGUAAGUAUUGCACAACCUGCUCCAGUUUAUCUUUCGAGUUCGAUUUUCUCACACGCCAGUGGUCUGUGCAAUCGAACAGUUGACGAACUCUUGUUGCGUCUCGACUAACGUUUCGUCUUGAGGUCGGCAUGUUCCUGACUAACAUUUCCACCACACACAUAGCAGCACUGCUGCUGCUGCUUGCUCUCCUCCCACAGCAGAUGCAGGCGUCCCCCCGACUGAGGCGGUCGGAUGACGAGACUUUGAGGUCUCUGCAGGAUGUGGUUCAAGACCAGGCGCGAGUGAUACAGUCUCUGCAGGCGAGCCUGACGGCCCUGGAAAGCAAAGUUCAGUCGCAGCAGUCGGCCAUCAACAGUCUCCAGGUGCGGGAGAACCACGAGUCCAACGCGGUGGCCUUUAGCGUCAGGUUCCAGUCUGACGACGAAAGUAACGGCGUGCUGCUAGGCCAGCAUCAGACGCUCACGUUCAAUGACGUCAUCACCAACAUCGGCAACGGCUACGACAGCGCGACGGGCAUCUUCACCGCCCCAGUGGCUGGCGUCUACAUCUUCUUCCUGAGAGUGAUGAGCACCAACAGCCAUGGCUCUAUCGACGUGGUCAUCGACAAGCAAGGCGCGCCGCUCGACUUGAUCUUCGCCGAGGGUCAGACUGACCCUUACGACCAGGGGUCAGGUCAGGUCACCACUCACCUGGCGGUGGGGGAGAAGGUGUGGGCCAGGCAGCAGUCGGGUGAGGCCGUGAGAGGCCGAUGGUACACGAGUUUCACGGGCCUGCUGGUGCAUGCGGACUGACUCUCGGUGCAUUACUUACCGAGAUAACCGAGUAGGCGGGCUGGCCUUCACUCAUUUAACACAAACCUUUACGACAUUUACAGAAGAGUGACAAGGUGGUGACUUCCCCACUAUACUUUGUCGCUCUUUUCUACCCACCGUAUGUGAUUGUGCAACAGUUUAUAUCGUGUCCUUGCGUGGCAUGCAGAGAUACUUAGUUUACACCUAUUUGUAAGUAGGCAAGUGUGCAAAUCAACAUGAUGUCACCUAUUUUCUCUGCUUUCAUUCUUCGGUUUACUGUAAUAACAAAGAAGACAUAAAUAAUAAAAAGCAUAACAU